AUGAAGGCUUACUGGUACGACAAUGCGCCUGUGAGUAUAUCGUCGCAUCGCAUCUACACCAAAGAAACGCAAUCAACCCCGCAACCCCUCUACAGCGACCCAACCAUCCAGAAGACCGCGAUAACUAACCAACAGCAACAGGGCGACCAGCGCGAAGACCACGACUCCGGCCGCCCCGUCACCGAAUCCCAGCUCCAAUCCAUCGGCGUAAUCUACCAUCACUUCCCCCAACUCUCCUCCGUCGACGCUCUAGCCUCUGAACGCGGCUACAAAAACCGCGACGAAAUCACCGUCUCGCCCGAAAAAAUGGGUAGCAUAUACGAAGAGAAAGUGAAAUCCUUCUUUUCGGAGCAUUUGCACGAAGAUGAAGAGAUUCGAUAUAUCCUGGAUGGAGAUGGGUUCUUUGAUGUGCGGAGUGAGGGCGAUGAGUGGAUUAGGAUUCGGUUGGAGAAGGAUGAUUUAUUGAUUUUGCCGGCGGGKAUUUAUCAUCGGUUUACGACUGAUGCGAAGAAUUAUAUCAAGGCUAUGCGUCUGUUCCAGGACGAGCCGAAAUGGACUCCUCUGAACCGCGGACCGGAUGUGGAUGUUAACCCUCAUCGUCAGUCGUACUUGAAGCAGACUGCUGUUGCUUAG